UGUCUGUGGGCCGCAGCCCCCCAUUCAGGUGUACGGGCUGGAAGGGCGCUAUGCCACCGCGCUGUACUCCGCCGCCACCAAGCAGAAGAAGCUGGACCAGGUUGAGAAGGAGCUGAGCCGGGUCUGGACUAUUUUAAAGGACCCCAAGCUAUCCAGUGUUGUUAUGAACCCUCACACCAAGAGUGCAGUUAAACAAAAAGCUGUGAAUGAUGCCCUGGCAAAAGAGAAGAUGUCCCCUAUUAUUGUCAACCUGAUGAACUUGCUUGCUGAAAACGGUCGAUUGCGUUACACACCAGACAUUGUUUCUGCAUUUGGGAAGAUCAUGAGCGCCUACCGAGGAGAAGUGGUGUGCACAGUCACCACUGCACAGCCCUUGGAUGAUGCCAGCCUUACUGAGCUAAAAAGUGCUCUGAAUGGAUUCUUGGCUAAGGGAGAGGUCUUGAAGCUGGAGACCAAGACUGAUCCGUCAAUCCUUGGUGGCAUGAUUGUCAAUAUUGGGGAGAAGUACGUGGACAUGUCAACAAGGUCAAAGAUCCAGAAGCUCACCAAAAUCAUGAGAGAGACCGUCUAGCAAGCUGUCCUUGUCAUCCACAGUGAAACCUGUCAGAUGGAAACAAUAAAAUUAUUUCUUC